GCGCUUGUCCUUGUGAGUUGUGAGCUUCUCCCAUUCCACAUUUCAUUUCCACUCGGCACUUCAAAUGAAAUCAACUGACACUGUGACACGCACCCGCACGCACGCACGCACACUCUCUUUCUCUCACUCUCUCUUUCACUCUGCUUCUAGAAUCUUCCUCAGCCGUAACAGCACCACACCACAACCAGGUUGGGGAGAACUGAAGAAGAGAAAGCAUGGAAGCAUAGGAAAUUUGAGAGGUGAGAGGGAGGACUUGUUAUAACUGUUAGAGAUUGAUUGAAUUUAGGGUUUCUGAUUUGGAAAUAAGGGGAAAAAAAAUGGAUGACGAUGUUUAUGAUGGGUCCUUCUGGGUUGAGGAAAUUAAUGGCGAGGUUCAGCUUGAGACUCCUAUGAGAAAGAAAAGGAAAUAUGUUAAGAGAAAGAAGGAAUACGAUGGUUGGGGAUCAACCAAUCUUAUUCAGUUUCUCCAAUCCCUCGGUUUUGACACAAGCAGGCAGAUAACUCAGAAUGAGGCUGCUGCGCUCAUAAAUGAGUAUGUUAGGGAGAAUAGCCUUCAGCAUCCUACCAAAAAGAAGAGAAUUGUCUGUGACAAGAGGCUGCAUUUGUUGUUCGGAAGGAAGACAAUUGGCCGGUUGAAGAUCAAUGCUUUGCUCGAGUCCCACUUUGCCGCAAACUGUGUUGAAUCGGACGAUGAUAUCUACUUCAAUUCGGAUGAUGAUGAUAAUUCCCCGGCAUGUGAAACUCCACGAACGACAAUGGCUUCUUCGGAGAGGAAAAGUCAACCGAGGGGACGGGUUGUGGAAAAACCCAAGAGCUGUUUCGCAGCCAUUGUUCCUUUCAAUAUCAAACUUGUUUACUUGAAGAGAAGUCUUGUUCAGGAGCUUGUGAAGGACCCCGAAACAUUUGAGACUAAAGUAGUUGGAAGCUUCAUAAGAGUCAGAUGUGACCCGAACGACUAUCUUCAGAAAAACUCUCACCAGCUGCUGCAAGUGACAGGUUUAGAGAAGGGCUCAGAUGAGGAUAUCCUCCUGCGAGCCUCUGGCUUUGUUGAAGACAUCAGCAUUCAAAUGCUUUCAGAUGAUAACUUCACUGAGGAGGAGUGUGAGGAUUUGCAUCAAAGGGUAAAAGAUGGCUUGCUCAAGAAACCCAUGAUUGCGGAUAUAGAGAAGACGGCAAGAAUAUUGCAUGAGGAUGUGACUAAGCAUUGGCUUGCAAGAGAACUUGUGCAGUUAAAACAUCUAAUUGAUCGAGCUAAUGAAAAGGGUUGGCGAAGCACACUGGAUGAAUACCUACGGAAAAGGGAGAAGCUUCAGAAUCCUGAUGAACAGGAACGGUUAUUGCGCGAAGUUCCUCAAGUUAUUGCUGAGGAUCUAGAAUCAGAAUCUAUUUCACCAGAGGAUCCAGAUGAAAAUGUAGAAAACCAUGUAGAAGAGUUUUGGCAGCCUACCAGCAAGCAACCAUCUAAAGAUACAGAUUUUUUCUCAUACAAGGAUACAAAACUACUGGAUGUGCCGAAUCCUGCAAAACCAGAAAGCGAUUCUCCAACAUCAAUUCUUGGUCGCAGUGGAUCAUCAGAAGUUCCUUUUUUCAAUGUGGCAACAAAUGGAAGUAUGUUUAACUCCAUUUCUCGUGGAACUGCUGCAGAAGAUCAUCAACAGCAGCCAGAGCAACUAAUAGGCUUUUCAUAUAAAAAUGGUGUUGUGUCUAAGCCAGAAGAAUUAAUAGACUUUGCACAUAAGAAUGAUGGUGUGUCUAAGGCAGAACAACUAUUAAACUUUGCAUUGAAGACUAAUGGGGUGUCUAAGCCAGCUGAAUCGAAUGGAUUUAGGAUCUCUGUAGCACAGCAGGCCGAGCCAGCACCACCAUCUCAACCGCAGGUUAUAGAGCUGAGCGACGACGAUGACGACGACGAUGAAAGUGAUCAACCAAUCAUUACAAAAGAGGUUCAACCUUUUAAUCAGUUGAAGAUGUGGUAUUAUAAAGAUCCACAGGGAAAUGAACAAGGACCAUUUGACCUAAUUUCCCUAAAACGUUGGAGUGAUGCUAAUUACUUUCCUUCUGAUUUCAAGGUUUGGAAGGAAGGUGAAAGUCCCAGUGAUGGUGGACUACUGGUGAAAAUUCUUCAAUCUUUACCAUCUUUUCACAUUUAAUCGAGGUAAAAAAAUUGUACAUUAUGAUGAAUCUUUUAAUAUCGGUCAAUAAAUUAUGUUUUAUUUUUCACCAAGUUCCAA